AAGCGAAGGACGAGCAGCAGCGGGACGGAGGUCGGACACAAGACAUGAAACCCUGAGAGGAGGAAAAAAGGAAUGAAUGAGGAAUGAGAGCGGAGAGAAAGUCGACGGAGUGAAGAGGAAGUUAUGAGACGAAUUGCGACGAAUUACCGGGGAAGGUGUCUGUGAAAGCCGAGUGAAGGGGGGAGGAAGAGACAACAAAGUCACAAGUGCAGUCUGAGUAAGGAGGCAGAUUUCUGAAUCCUCGCCAUGGCCGACGUGCUGGAGAGCGGCGGCGGUCCGGGGGCCGUCAGAGUAGCCAGCGUGGAUUGGCAGAAGCGCUGCAUGGCUCUGGAGAUGCAGCUGCUGAGGUUCAGGCUGCAGGCGGGGAAAAUACGAGAGCUGCUGGCAGAGAAGAUGCAGGAGCUGGAGCAGAGGGUGAUAGAGUCUGACCAGCGAGCUGAGAGCGCUGAGAAACAGAUCCAUGUCAUGGAAGAAAAGCUGAAGUCUGCAAACAUACAAACCAGCGAAUCAGAGAGCUCGUUGUACAGAAAGUAUCAAGAGCUGACCAAUCAGGUUCAAGAAAAAGAUGCUGUGAUAAAGAGAUUGGAGGUGCAGCUGGAAAAACAGAUCUUAGUCAGAGCCCAGGAGGCCAAGAUUAUCGAAGAGAAGGCGGCCAAGAUUAAAGACUGGGUCACCUUUAAGCUCAAAGAGAUGGAGCAAGAAAACCAGCUGCUGAAAAUGGCCAACCUGAAGCAGACAGAGCAGAUAAUGCUGCUGCAGGACAAAGUACAAGCUCUCUUAGAGAAACAUGCUUCCUCUGGAUCUCCUGCCACCUCCCCUGUAAUAGAUACCCACCUGGUGCCCAGCAACCCGCUGUUUCCUCCCAGCUGCCCUGACACACCACCUGCACAGGACGACAGCUGGAGACAGGCCGGUCCCCGAGGAGCCUCUAAUAUCAAGACCUCGCCGACAGACGUGAAAAGGACCCCUGAGCAGAGCGGUAAAGCGGUUUGUCUCGGGGACAAUGUUUCUGUCAGUGGACCUGAGCUGCUGGUGGUCCCCGAGGGUCCGGCUGGGGGCUCGGAUAGAGACAACUCCUCCGACGAGCUCAACAGCAAGUUCCGCUCUCAGUGCCUCCACUCGUCCUCUUCCUCCUCUUCUUCCUCCUCAGCCUACGAGAUGGCCCACGGCCCGAGCUCCCCGGAAUUGUCCCUCAGGAUAACCCCUAAAAGCCCCCUCCUGUCGCGCUCCCCCUCCACCAACAACCCCUUCCCCAAUCCUUCAGUCCACCAAUCGGGCGCUAGCAUGACGCUCCCUAAAGUCCGGACCCCCCUCACCCCUAGGGACAGCAUCCAGCUGGUGAAGAAGCACUAUAGCCAGCCGCAGCCCAGCCUGGACCGCCUGCACCACCUCAACGUCAACAUCGACAUCAUGAGCCCCUCCUCCACCUGCUCCACCCUCAAGAGCUCGGGCACCUCGCCCUUCUCGCAGGUGGUGGAGGAGACGGACAUUGACGACGGGCUCCCUGACAGCAUGGACGGGGUGGUGGAGGGGUCGGGGUUGGAGGACCUGUGCCGGGGGGGAGACUCCUUCUUGGGAGAAGAACUGGAGCAGCUCGAUCCUCCACCGACACCUCCGUUACACCGCUUCCCUUCAUGGGAGAGUCGGAUCUACGCUGUGGCAAAGUCAGGAAUGAGAGUUUCAGAGGCGAGUCCUGGAGCCAGGGGCCCCGGGCGAGGGUCUAACUUACCCCAAUAUCCAGCGGCAGGUCCGUUCAUCCAGUUGAUCUACAAGAAUAUCAACGUACCGGUCUACACCACACUGAAAGGGAAAGCCACUCAGAUCAGCAGCGUUCCUCUGCCUGACGAUGACUCCGGGUCUGAGGACGACAGCAGCUCUCUGGCCAGCUUACGCACCUCCAUCCUGAGCCCCGACAAGAAGGGCAGCGUCCCUGGGAGCCCCAGAGCCGUCAAGAGAGGUGUGUCCAUGUCCUCCAUCAGCUCAGAGAGCGAUUAUGCCAUUCCCCCUGAUGCGUACUCCCUGGACAGCGACUACUCUGAACCAGAACAUAAAGUCCAGCGGACCUCCGCCUACUCCUGCGAGAGCAUCGGGCCUGAGAUGCUGGAGAAGUCGGGGUACCUGCUGAAGAUGGGCAGUCAGGUGAAGGCCUGGAAACGCCGCUGGUUCAUCCUGAGGAACGGAGAGAUCCUCUACUACAAAUCUCCAAGUGACGUGAUCAGGAAACCUCAGGGUCAGAUCGAGCUGAACUCGUCCUGCAAUAUAAUCCGGGGAGAAGGAGCGCAGACAUUUCAACUGAUCACAGAGAAGAAGACCUUCUAUCUGACCGCCGACUCUCCCAACAUCCUGGAGGAGUGGAUCCGGGUCCUGCAGAACAUCCUCAGAGUCCAGGCCAGCAGCCCCGUUACCGUGGAGACCACCACCGCCAAGCCCACUGUGAGGGGCUGGCUCACAAAGGUCAAACACGGACACUCGAAGCUGGUGUGGUGUUCUCUGGUUGGAAAAUCCUUCUACUACUAUCGUAAUCAGGAAGACAAGUUGCCUCUGGGUCAGCUGCAGAUCCGUGCCGCCUCGGUACAGGAAGUGGACCGUUCCUGUGACUCGGAUGAGGACUACGAAGCCGGCAGUCGAGGUUUCCUCUCCUCACACUGCACCUUAGUGGUCCAACCGCGAGACCAGAGUCCUACCUACCUGCUCAUCGGCACCAAGCAGGAGAAGGACACAUGGCUUUAUCACCUGACGGUGGCUGCCGGCAGCUGUGCGACCUUCAAAGUGGGAACAGAGUACGAGCAGCUGAUCGGUAAACUCCUAGAUGCAGAGGGAGACCCAGAAUCCUCCUUGUGGAAGAACGAGGCCUUGAGCUUCUGUAAGGAGGGUCUGCGCUCGCCCCUCAGCACUCUGCCCUCUGAAGCUCUGCAGACUGAAGCUCUCAAACUUUUCAAGUCCUGUCAGCUCUUCAUCAAUGUCCUGGUUGAGUCUCCGUCAAUCGACUACCACACCUCGCUGGCCCAGAAUGCUUUGCAGGUGUGUCUGACGCACCCCGAGCUGCAGAACGAAGUGUACUGUCAGCUGAUCAAGCAGACCAACCGCCGGACGCCUCACAACUACUCCCUCACACAGUGCUGGCAGCUGUUGUCUCUGUGCGUGGCUCUGUUCCUCCCUCAGCAGCAUUUCCUGUGGUACCUGAGACAGUACCUGCAGCGCAACGCCGACCCAAAGAGUGAGGUGGGGAAGUACGCUGUGUACUGUCAGAGGUCUUUGGAGCGAACGCUGCAGAACGGGGAGCGGGAGGCCAAACCCUCACGCAUGGAGAUCGUCUCCAUCCUGCUGAGGAACCCCUACCACCACUCACUGCCCUUCAGCAUCCCAGUGCACUUCAUGAACAAUACCUACCAGGUGGUGGGUUUCGACGGCUCCGCCACAGUGGAAGAGUUCCUGAACACGCUGAACCAGAGGAUCUGUGUGAGGAAGCCUCAGCUGUCGGGCUUUGCUCUCUUCACUGAUGAUCCAUCCGGCAAAGACCUGGAGCACUGCCUGCAGCCGUCUGCCAAGAUCUGUGAUGUCAUUUCCAAGUGGGAGCAGGCCCUGAAGGAGUUGCAUCCUGGGAAAAAUGAGGGGACGCGGAUUGUGCGUCUCACAUACAAAAGCAGGUUGUGUUUCAGAGCUCAGGUGAAAGGAGAGACGGAGCGAGAGCGCCUCCUGCUGGCGUACCAGGUGAACGAUGAGGUUCAGCAAGGCCACUUCCCUGUGAACAAAGAGCUGGCUCUGGAGGUGGCCGCCCUCAUGGCACAGGUUGAACACGGUGACCUGGAGAAACCCGCUGCCUCCUCUCCUGUUGCCUCUCCUCAGCCGAAGUCCCAGCUGAUUCUCUUGCAGGCCUUAGAGCGCUUCUACCCCAAACGCUACAAGCAGGACUGCAGCUCAGAGCAGCUCAGAGGUCUGACUGAGCGUCUGGCCACUAAGUGGUCUAUACUACGUGGGUGCAGUGCACCUGAGUGUGUGAGAAUAUAUCUGACUGUGGCUCGGAAGUGGCCUCUGUUUGGAGCCAAACUCUUCAGCGCCAAGCCUGUCCCCCCCUCUCCUGUCGAGCAGAGCCAGGUGUGGCUGGCGGUCAAUGAAGACGGACUGUGUGUGCUGGACUACACCAUGCACACGCUGGUCACAUACUCCUACCAGUCUGUGAUCACCUUUGGAGGUUGCCGGGAUGAUUUCAUGGUGGUCACGAGCCAGCAGAGGGAGCCUGGAGUCGGGAAGAAGAGCGUGGAGAAGCUGGUCUUUGUGAUGGCCAAACCAAAGAUUCUGGAGCUCACUCUGCUCAUGGCCAGCUACAUCAACCACUGGACCCCCGGCCCCCCGUUGGCCGCACAGCAGCCCCUCGGCCACUGGGACGUAGACAGCCGCCACUUCCCCGCCAUGAACUACACCACCAAGGGCCCCACACUACUGUGAAAUACGCAAACAGCCAGACUGUUAAACUGCAGGGAGGCUCAAUAACAGAGAGCGUCAGCUAAAUGCAUCGGGUUGCAUGUCAGAGUUUUUACAGGACAGAUACUAGGAGAUUAUUUUUUCAUUUUUUUAUGAAGAUUUAGAAAUGUUAGAAAGUCUUGUUAGACUUUUUAUUUCUACAACAAAAGAGUGUUUCAACUCUGCUUCAUUUAGAUGUAAGGUUUGAAUACACAGGUGGCUCAGAGGACCCAUCCUGUUAGUCGCCUUCAUGUUGACAGUUGUGCUUUCAGACUCCUCCUGUCAUGAGCUGAGGGCUGGUUGGACUGGAACACAAUGUUCUGUGUCACUGUGUCACUGUACCAGGGUUAAUAACUCAUACUUGACAAUGAACCAGAGUUUAGAUCAUUCAGGAGAUACUGUGCAAACAGAAAGGGAAUGAUAUUUCAUAGUUUGACAUGUUUUAGCAUCUUAAUUUGAACACACCUAAUAUUAAUUUAAUGCAGAGAUUAAACCAACAGAUAUUUGUAUUAUUGAAUAAUCCAAUUUUUUUCUCAGUAUUGAUGAAUUUAUUGGUUUGUAAAAUAUCAGAAGAAAAUGUCACGUUGAAAUACUGUGUUUGAGACAGUCUGACACCAAAAGAUAUUGUAAAUCUUUCCAAAAAAGAGCACAAAUAUUAGCAUUAAGAGGAUGACUUAAAUAAUAAAUCAAUUGUUUAAAUAGUUACAGAUUAUUUUCUGUCAGUAAACUAAUCAAUAAAGCAACUCAUUGCUUAAAACGUCGACUACAUCUUUAGUAAGUAGUUGGACUGUUUCCCCCCCCUACAAAAAAAGGCUAUAUUUAAGAAACCUUUUUUAAUCCUAUUAUCAUUUAUUUUGAACGAUAAUCUACUAUUUAGCCCCACUUAUUUAGCAUAAAGCAGUCCCAGUAAAGGUGAAGUUUGUGAUCUGCAGUACGAUGAUAAUGUUACUGAGGUACAGUUACACAACAGGCUGUAAAAUGCUGUAUGACAGUGAAGUACUGUGAGUUUAGAGUUAACUUUUCUCUCAUAACACAUACAGCAUAUUAGUAAUAGUAAAGUCCCUCAGUGUUGCAAUAAUCAACACAAAAGGAGAAAACAAAUCAAUGAAAUAAAAGAGAUACCAAAAUAUUUGAAUGACUUGAACUGUUUUGGAUCAAACCACUUUCUUGCUCAUGUCCAUAUUAGUUAUUUAUUUUAUUUCCAACAUGUUUGGGUUUUGCUUCAUAGAGUAAUGUUUUCCACAUGAAUAUUUUGGGAGAUGUUCAGCUUCCUUUAUGUAGAGUAAUUUAAGAGCAGAGUAUGUUUGGUUUCCGAGUCUGUGCUGCGAUGUGUCACAAAUGUCUGAAAGAUGGUGUCUUUAUGUUUGUGUGUGUGUUCAUAAAAGAAAUGGUACAAUA